AGAGAAUGUCAGAGCUGCACAAAAUUCGAGAUGGAAGAAUUAAAUUAGAUAUUGGUGGACAUCAGUUUACAACAUCGUUGACCAGCUUGACACGUGAUCCUGCUUCCAUGUUAUCUGCCAUGUUUAGUGGACGACAUGAUUUGAAGACAGAAGCAGACGGUAGUUAUUUCAUAGAUCGAGAUGGUACACACUUCCGGUAUAUUUUGAAUUAUCUUCGAGAUGGGAUGAUCAAGGAAGGAACAUUACCAUUGAAUGAUAAUUUAUGGCGAGAACUUCUAACGGAGGCUGAAUAUUAUCAGUUAAACGAUUUGACAGAAUAUUUAAGUUCUUUGUUGUACAGCAAAAGUACGCCGGAAGGAGAUACCUUUGUGUAAAUCUAUGUUUUCUGAUAUUUUGAGAAAACAGUUCCAUUAGAAACCAUGGUAAUACUAUGGAUUGCUUGGAUUCUUUGUCUUGUGUAAAUAUAAUUGAUUUUAUUUCGUUAUAACUUACUGUUUCGUCAUUAAGUGAAAGAUGUAUAUAUUUGGUACCAAGCAAUUGUGAUCCAUUAAAAUAUUUUACUCUA